CCUGGAGCAGCUGAUCUCGCCCGUGGCCUUCCCGUCCAACAGCAGCCUGGACCCAUGUGCAAAAGAGACUGUGCUGAAUGCCAUCAAGGAGAGCAGGAAGAGGGCUGUGGAGGAGGAGGAGGAGGAGGACCAGGACCAGGCUUUUGGGAGCGAUCAGGAGAGCAAAAGAAGGCGCCACGAUAGCAGUGGAAGUGGGCAGUCAGCGUUUGAGCCGCUGGUGGCCAACGGUGCCCCUGCCUCUCUCAUACCCAAGCCUGGCUCUCUGAAGAGGGGCCUUGUCUCACACUGCCCGGAUGACUGCUCAAACAAGAGGUCACGCACCUCUUCCAUGAGUUCCCUCAACAAUACGUAUGCUGGCGGGAUCCCCAGUUCCAUCCGCAACGCCAUCGCCAGCUCCUACAGCUCCAGCCGGGGCCUCUCACAGCUGUGGAAGAGAAGUGGUGUGAGCGUAUCCCCACUGUCCAGCCCAGCGUCCUCCCGCUCCCAGACGCCGGAAUGGCCUCUCAAGAAAGCCAGGGAAGAGGAGUUGCAUCGCUCCAACACUUCCACUCCAGUGAAAUCGGACAAGGAGCUACAGACAGAGAAAGCUAAAAUGGAGAGGAAAUCCUUUGUGCGCGUCGCAGCGGUGGAGACGCAGGUGCGGAAGAAGCAGAAUUCCCUGAGCCCACCGUCCGCGUCGGGGAGCAGCGGGAAGCGCAAGCGGAAGAUCCGGUUGCUGUCGUCUCGCCGGGGGGACCAGCUGGCGCUGCCCCCGCCGCCUCAGCUGGGCUACUCCAUCACGUCGGAGGACCUGGGCGCAGAGAAGAAGGCAGUGUUGCAGUGGUUCAACAAAGUCUUGGAGGAUAAGGCUG